CGCGUCCUUGGUAACGAUACGCCGCCGAAGAAACGGUCUCUCCCGGCCCUGAACCGGUGCGCGCGGAGAGACCGUCGAGCGUCGUCGUCGCCCGGGCAUUCCAUUUGUUUUUGCAGUCAAAAGCGAGAACACGACGCGUUCUAUAAUACUUCAGAGAGGACGUUACACUCCCGAUAUUGCACGUAUAUGGGGUCGUGUGUAGGCAGUUUUAACGGGACAUUUUGGUUGAAGGUAGGUUGGAGGGAGAAAUGAAAACGUACAUCGAUUAUAGUUAUAGCGUCUGGAGGGGGGAAGGGGGUAAGACGAGGCGUCUGGGGACAGGUGCCCCAUUUUGCUCCCCCCCAGGUUUAAAAAUUUCAAAUACAAUUUUAAUAAUUAAUUGAUAUAAUUUUAUUUUAGGUAUUUUUUGGUGUUUGAUUUUAUUAUGCCCCUCCCUGAAAAAUUUCCUGCGGACGCCCAUGGUUAUAGCCACACACCUCAUCACUAAUAUUAUCACGAAUCGAUUCUUUCUUAGUUUUUAAAUUAAAGCAAUAAAAUAGAAUAAAGUUUUUGAAGUGUAAUGCAUGGGACCUAGUGGCAGUUACAAAUGAUGACGUUCGCCCUGUCGCUUUGGGUCUUAUUUUUUUUUUUUUUAUAUAACUCUUAUAUUCUACAAUUGUUCAUCUAAUAUACGUAAUUUAUUAAUAAAAUUCGUUCUCCCUUGAACAGCCCUUGGAUCCACCACUGAUGGGAUUCAAAUAUAAAUUUUAAGCGCUUAGAAAAAAAAUUACUACAUUUCGUUGGACUUUUUCGCCUACUAAUUUUUACUUACCUACCAAAACAAUUUCAAUCAUAUAAAACUUGAAAAUUAGACUAGAUACAAUUAACUGAGAAUUAGUUAGAAUUUUUCGAAAACUGUACCGUGUCUGUGUAUAAAGACUACACCUAUACUAUAAUUCAGUGAAAUUCAAAGAUUAUUUUUCACUGAAUAAAUAAAAUAGAAUAUAACAGAAACCAUUACUGUGUAAAUGUAACAGUUAAAAGUUUUUCCGAAAUUUUUUCUAUGGUUUACCCUACAAUUAAUAAUACUAUAAUGUAUAAAGAAAAUCAAAACAUAAUCUAUAUCAUAAUCUAAUAACGAAAUAAAUAUCGUCUAAUAUGUUGACAAAAGUUAACCUGCAGUAAUAUUAUUAGUCUUUGUUUUUGGAAAUUAUUAAUUACUAAAUUAUGUUUAAAAAUUAAUGUGGUGGUGUGGGAAGCAAAUUCUCCCUCGGGUUAGUUUGAGUUUAAUAAUUGCAAAGGACACUACUUUUGUUUAAGUCUUGUAGCCCUUUUUAUAUUAUUUUUCCGAUUUAAACACUGAUUUGCUGUAUCAAUAAUUCUUGGGGUCUUCCCCUAUGGCCUAUAUCAACCGGGACCUCCACCUACCUAUCGUAAUUGUCCCGCAGAUCACCGGCUUAGCGCAGUGCACUAUCUCUUAUUUUAUAUAAUAAAUAGUAUUCGUUUACACAUAAUAUUCGACAUCUAAAUAUAUAAAAAAAUAAUUUUAAAAAAUCGCAACUUCCUAUUAAUACCCAAAUCGAUAUGCAACCAUUUCUCAUUACGAUAAUUUAUUUUUAUUCACUCUUAUGAAUUUUUUUUUACGUUGAAACACUGCAAUGUUACCAAGGUAAUAAAUAAAUAAUAAACAAUAAAUAAUAGAAUAAAUUCUAUAGUAAAAGUUCCAAAAACUGAUCAUGUUUAAGUUGGUUAAUAUAAUAUAUUGGUGUCGACAAUUUGUAUCAAACUUUCAGUGAAAUAAAUCACACACAAGUAAUAUAAUUUUCACCACAGUUUCUGGUUAGUGUCCUACUAACGAUCAUUUCUUUUUGUGUGUUUGAUACAUUAUGAUUGUGUUUAUGUCACGGUAAAUUGUAUGAAAAUUGAUUACAAUUAAAUAAUUAUAAAUGUGUCACUGAAUCAGAAUAAAUAAAAAACAAAAUCGAUUUUAUCAAAAUUGCGUAUAGUAUUCUCAUUUCUGGAUUAUUAUUAAGAAAAGUACGAGGAAUAUCAAAUGAUGACCUCCAAAAUAUGUGCCAACUAUAGAAACAAUACAUUUCGGUUCCAUAAGCCAUAAUAUGGUGCUAACGGUCGGAGCAAGUCUUCUGCUUCAAAACUUGAAAACCAAAAAGAACACAAAUGAUAAUAUUACAUAGUAUAAAACCAAUAGAUCCUAGAUGGUCGUCAAAUUUCAACGUUACGCCACUGGCGUCCUCCCUUUAGUUUUCGCAAUGUUUUUCUUCGCUAACAACAACGUGCUUGAUUUCUGACGUCGUAAUUAUUG